GGUCUCAAAUCAUUCUGUCAUCAUCAUACUAAAAGUCUAUUACUGCAAAGCUAAUGGCAUUUAGGGGAAAUAACAAUUGUAAAUUAUUUUUUGCGUAGUCCCAUAAAAGUUUCCCCCUCCCUUGUCAUUUUCCAGGACGCAUUUCAGUGUCUGGGAUGCCCUCUUGCUUGCCUUCCUGGCUCAUUUUUUUCCUGCUUUCACUAUAACUUAGUGAUGUUUUACUUGGGUGAAGCACAGAAAUAAAGGGAGAGCCUUUCCGCUAUGGAAGCAUUUCGUUCAGUGUUUUUCUCAUGAAAAAACAAAACCAGGCAGUGAUAGGUGAACACAGAGAAAAUCUGACAGCAGUUUGUACAGCGGCUCUUCUGCCUGCAGGAAAUUUUCUGUGGUCCUUCAGAAGGAACCUGUCACAUAUUUCACUUAAAAUAAGGACUCAGAGGGUGUAUCUCACACAUCUAAACUUCUCGUGACUCCCGUUGAUGAAGAAACACCACUCUUGGCUUGCAGCACAGCUUACCUCUACUGAUACUGCCACUGAGACAAAAGGCUGGAAAUGUUGCUCCAGGAUAAGGGUGGAUAAGGCAAAUAUGAACAUGCACAAACACACACACCCCCCAGUGGUGCAGGCACACAUAAAAGCGUGGUUGCCACCUGAGGACUGAAUCCAGGUUGGGUUUCCUGAGCAAAAGCCAAGCUCUGCUGCUCACAGCUCAUCCAGCCACCAUGAAGAUUACGGGGGUGCUGCUUCUGCUCUCUCUGGCCCUUUUCUGCAUCUCAGUUCCAGUUACUGGUCAGCUGCAGGCUGCACCCCUCUACUGCAAGAACCAGAGGACUUUCAGGAAUAUGUGUUCCAUGGAGUAUGUCCCCCACUGUGGGUCUGAUGGUGUCACCUACCCCAACAAAUGCACCUUCUGCAACGCCUUCCUGUACGUAGGGAAUAAAUCUCUUCCCCUCCUCAGUGGUGAAUUAACUUAGCUUAAACUGGCUAAUCAGUCUUGGGCACUGGCUGGAGGAGUAAAGUUCUUUUAUUUCACUUGCUUUUUUCUCUCACCAGUAAGGGUAAUUUUGUUUUUUUUUUUGGGGGGGGAGAGAGAGUUUGCUAGGAACUCCUUUCUUUCAGAUGUAAAGAGACAACAUAGUGUUCUACAUUUUCCUCUUAAGUGAUUUGCAAAAGAGCUUUCUCUCAGCAAACAAAGUGUUUCCUACAGACUAUUUGGUCUUUUAAAUUAAGAACUUUUCUUGUCUUUACAUGUCAAUAAUAAAAGGAAAUAUGUGGAAUAUAGUUCAGAAGUCCCUCUGUGGUGCAGAGGGACAGACCAACAGUAAAAGCCCAGAUGUUCUGUCUCUGAGGUACUG